UGAUCACACUAUGCCAUAUAUUACACCAUUGGAUCCCUUUCUAUUUUUAAAUUUAAAAAAAAAACAUAAUAAAAAGUUGACAGAUUAUGUCAUCUCAUAACAGUGAAAUUUGAAAAUGUGGUUUGUAAAAUUUUUAAGUCACCGAAAAAAAAACAAAAAAAAAAAACAAAACAGUGAAGAGGAUAAGUAUCCGAUUCUAUACGCCCCAUGGUCAAUGACUUGUAUUGGGCCGGACCUUAGAGAACACCCCCAAAUGUCGGUUCUUUAAAAAAAAAAUUUAAAAGAAUCCCACACUGACACUAUUGAGCCGAACUUACUCACCCGACCCAAUCCCAUCGGCCCCUUUUUCCAAAGACAUAUAUGCCUCCAUAUUCACCCUACUAGAUCUAAAACCCUAGAAGUCUCCCCCAUCUUUUGGCGAGGGUGUAGCAACUCGAUUGGUUAUGGCGUGCACGAUUGAUUUCCGGCGCCUUGACGAAGGCUUCGGCGGCAAGACCUACAAGCGAAAGCGAGAGGAAUCCAUGAAUCAGAGCAAUGAAGCGUCGGCAUCCAUGGAGAUCGACGAGGAUGACACUUGUCAACCAGCGGCUAAGAAAUCUGCAGUCGCGUCAGCGGAGGACCCGGAAAAGCCCAUCUUCGGGAAGCCUACGUACGACGGGGUGAUAGCCGGGAAGGCGUCGGGGCGAAAGUGGAAGCAGGCUAGGAAGCAAAGGGCGUCCGCGGUUAAGGUGAGCCGGAAGGGCACGAGCUUUGAGGAGAGGAAGACGCAGAAGGAGAUAAAGAGGGCGUACAAGGAGAGGAUGACGGAGCUGAAGGAGGCGAUAAGGGCGAACAAGGUGGAGAAGAGGAAGCAGAGGGAGGAGCGGGAAAAGAAGAAGCAGGAGAACAUUCUGAGGUCCGGUACGAAGCUGCAGAAGAUCACAAAUCCCAAGACCUUGAAGAAGAUCGCCAAGUCCAAGCAGAAGAAGCUACUCAAGGUCGUUCCUGAUGAUCUGGUCAACAAAAAGAAGUAAUUGUGAAAGAUCGGUCUAUUGCUUUUUAUUAUUUUCUGUAUUUUUGGUUUGGCCUUCUCUUUUUGUAUGCUUCUUAAUUGACAGUUAAAUGCGAAAAUUAUGUAUUUUGCUUUC